GCCGGGCGCAGGCGCGGGCGCGCGUUCCUUGCUGUCUCUUUCUCUCUCUCUCUCUCAGUGGGCGGUUGGAGCCUCGGAGGCCUCCUCCUCCGGCGAGCGCGCGAGAGCGUCAGUUGCUCGCCUCAGGAGGCGACUUUAGUGAGGGCCGGAGGCGCCGGAGGUCCCGCCGGCGCCGCCACUCGACUCGACGGGCUUUUCCCGGCUUCUCUCCCGCCGGUGCUGCUUCCCGAGAGCGUCCGCCAACAGAGACGGGGAGUCAUGUCGCGCAGGCGGCACAGCGACGAGAACGACGGAGGGCAGCCACAUAAGAGGAGAAGAACAUCUGAGUCGUCUAAAAUUGAAGAGCGUCUGGAAUCUUUAAUAUGCAAAGUGGGAGAAAAGAGUACUUUAUCUUUGGAGUGUAACUUGGAAAGCUUGGCUGGGGUCUUGGAGGCAGAUCUCCCAAACUACAAAAGCAAGAUAUUGAGAAUUCUUUGUACAGUUGCACGUUUGCUACCAUUAAAGCUCACUGUUUACACAACUCUGGUUGGCUUGCUGAAUGCAAGGAACUACAAUUUUGGUGGAGAGUUUGUGGAAGCCAUGAUACGUCAGCUCAAAGAAUGUCUGAAAGUCAACAUGUAUAAUGAAGCUCUGUAUUUAGUCCGUUUUCUGUCUGAUCUUGUGAAUUGUCAUGUAAUAGCUGCACCGUCUAUGGUAGCCAUGUUUGAGAAUUUUGUGGCUGUGACUCAGGAAGAGGAUGUACCUCAGGUGCGGUGUGACUGGUAUGUGUAUGCAUUUCUGUCAUCCUUACCUUGGGUAGGAAAGGAAUUAUAUGAAAAGAAGGAUGCUGAGAUGGACCGCAUUUUAACCAGUGUUGAAAAUUAUCUGAAACGGCGUCAGAAGAUACAUGUACCUAUGCUACAAGUUUGGUCUGCUGAUAAACCACAUCCACAAGAAGAGUAUUUAGAUUGCCUUUGGGCUCAGGUUCAGAAGCUGAAAAAAGAUCGCUGGCAAGAAAGGCAUAUCCCAAGGCCAUACCUUGCUUUUGAUAAUGUGCUCUGUGAAGCACUUCAUCACAACUUGCCUCCUUUUACUCCACCACCUCACACAGAAGACUCUGUUUACCCAAUGCCAAGAGUUAUCUUUCGGAUGUUUGACUACACUGAUGAUCCCGAGGGUCCUGUUAUGCCUGGCAGUCAUUCUGUGGAGAGGUUUGUGAUAGAAGAAAAUCUUCACAUCAUCAUUAAAUCACACUGGAAGGAGAGAAAGACAUGUGCAGCCCAGUUACUGAGUUAUCCAGGGAAUAACAAGAUCCCUCUGAACUACCACAUUGUUGAGGUAAUAUUUGCUGAGUUGUUUCAGCUUCCAAUUCCACCACACACUGAAGUAAUGUAUACAACGCUUCUAAUUGAACUUUGUAAGCUGCAGCCCGGCUCUUUACCUCAAGUUCUUGCACAAGCAACAGAAAUGCUCUACAUGCGCUUGGAUACAAUGAAUACUACUUGUAUAGACAGGUUCAUUGAUUGGUUUUCUCAUCAUCUAAGUAAUUUUCAGUUCCGUUGGAGCUGGGAAGACUGGUCAGAUUGUCUCUCUGAAGAUCUUGACAAACCCAGACCUAAAUUUGUAAGAGAAGUAUUGGAAAAAUGCAUGAGGCUUUCGUACCAUCAACGAAUUGUAGAUAUUGUCCCUGCUACUUUUUCAGUCUUAACUCCUGCUAAUCCGAUAUGUAUUUAUAAAUAUGGAGAUGAAAGUAACAAGUCACUCCCAGGAUACAAUGUUGCACUUUGCUUAAACAUUGCCAUUAAGAAUAAAGCAAGCAAUGAUGAAAUCUUCACCAUUCUGAAGGAUGUUCCUAAUCCUAAUCAGGAUGAUGAUGAUGAUGAGGGCUUCUCCUUCAAUCCAUUAAAAAUAGAGGUAUUUGUCCAAACAGUGCUGCAUUUAGCUUCAAAGUCAUUCAGUCACUCCUUUAGUGCUCUGGGAAAAUUUCGUGAAGUUUUCAAAACGCUGGCAGAAAGUGAUGAAGGGAAGCUCCAUGUCCUCAGAGUUAUGUAUGAAGUAUGGAAGAAUCAUCCACAGAUGAUUGCAGUCCUGGUGGAUAAAAUGAUUCGUACACAGAUUGUGGAUUGUGCUGCUGUAGCAAACUGGAUUUUCUCUUCAGAGCUGGCUCAUGAUUUCACAAGAUUUUAUAUUUGGGAAAUCUUGCACUCAACAAUUCGUAAGAUGAACAAGCAUGUGGUGAUGAUCCAGAAGGAGCUAGAAGAGGCCAAAGCAAGAUUAGCCAAACAGCACAAACGUCGAGACAGUGAUGAUGACGACGGCGAUGAUGACCGUAGUAUUGACAGGGAAGAUGGUCCUCUGGAAGAGCAGAUAGAACGCCUGCAGGAAAAAGUUGAAUCAGCUCAGAGUGAACAGAAAAACCUCUUUCUUGUAAUAUUCCAGCGUUUCAUUAUGAUUCUAACAGAGCAUCUAGUCCGAUGUGAAACUGGAGGGAUUGAUGUAAUUACACCUUGGUACAAGAACUGUAUAGAGAGGCUGCAGCAGAUCUUCUUACAGCAUCAUCAGAUCAUCCAUCAGUACAUGGGGACCUUGGAGAAUCUUCUGUUCACAGCAGAAUUGGAUCAUCACAUACUGGCUGUGUUUCAGCAGUUCUGUGCACUGCAGGCCUGAGCAACUCUUUUAUAUAGGACUUAAAUGACUUCAUCUUUUUUUAAACAAAAAAAUUGGGAAAUUUGACAAGGGAGGAGAAAAAAGAAGCUUUUAAUUUGAAAAUCAACCUACUGUGCUUUCCUAGAUAAGCUACACAAUAUUCAAAUGGGGCAAUUUUUCUUGGCAGUAGAGGCCUUACUAUAGUUAUGACUGCUAGGUGAUUGGGAUGGAAUAAUGUGUGGACUCCUAAUUUUGAAAUGGUUUGAAUGUUGACUUUGUCAUAGGAUUUGUUUUGUGUCCUCCACCCACCCCGUUUGUAUAAAAAUAAAUAGGAAAUAAUAGAA